AUGGGCACGACAAUACCCAGGAACCGCUGCUUCAGCAUGCGGAACACCCUGACGAGGGCCAUCGUACUAACCGUGGCAAUGCUCACCAUCGGCGGCCUGGUCCUUCGACCAGACGUGGAUGUGCGUUCGGCGCUGAUGAAGACCGCCACGUCAGCAAGGGAAGCAAUGUCGAUCCAAAAGCCCGUGUCUCGUCCCGAAUCAGCGGGCUGGGGCGGGCCCGCGGGCGGCGAGGCCGCAGGGAAGCAACAGGAGGAUGUGGUUGAGCCGGCCGAGGACGCCCAGCCGACGAUCUCCAACUCAUCCUACGCCAUGACGUGCGACUACGACAUGGAGCGGCUCCGGAAGUGGCAAGAGGUCUAUCGCCUCGAAGAGACCUUCGAAUACACCAAGCGAUACGUCCAAGCCUCGCGCCAGGAUAUCCCUCGGAAGUCUGUCACCAAGCUUGAUCAGGAUUUCUUGGUUGAUGCGGUCAAGGUCGUGAACGUCAACAACCAGUACCAACCUGAGACGUGCCCGGAACCUCUUGUUGUACCCGUCACCAAGUCGCCAUACCCCAACACUGCCAACGCCUCGGAUUUCAUGUUUGGCGUCUCAACGACCUACCGACGAUUCAGCGACAUUCGCACGAGCCCCAUCAAUGAGUGGUCCUACUGGCUCACAGACGGCAAAGGAAACUCCAACGGUGGAAAGUUGGUGCUUCUCCUUCUCGAUGCCACGGAUGACGAACUCGAGGAUGCGUAUACCACGCUGUCCAAUGUCGGUAUUGAUGUGGAUGUGUACCGGUCGGACGCGAGCCAGAUCAUGGCGGUGCGUUACCUGGCGCUUGCACCCACGCUCUACGCGCACCCUGAGCGCAGCACGAAGAAGUGGCUCGUUGUUUGCGACGACGAUACUUUCUUCCCUUCCUUUAAUGGCCUCGCUGAGAAGUUCGCCGCCGAUUACGAUCACACUAUGCCCAUGUACAUCGGCACAUUCUCCGAAGAUAUCAACAACAUUGAACGCCAUGGCUCUCAGGCCUUCGGUGGUGCCGGCGUGUUUCUGAGUCUCCCCAUGGCACAGAUCAUCUCCGAAAAUUUCGAGUCAUGCCGGACCGAACAAAAGAUCCUCGAGGCCAACACUGGUUGGGGUCCGCAGGGCGACAUCCUCCUUCGCAAGUGCAUCUACGAGAACUCGGAGGUUAAGCUCACACUCCUCAAUGACCUCUGGCAACUCGACCUCUUCGGCGACCCGUCCGGCUUUUAUGAGGGCGGCAUCAAGCCCCUCUCUCUCCACCAUUACCGCGGCGGAAUCUGGCACAUCGCGCACCCUUGGCACUACACGAAAAUUGCCCACGCUUGCGGCGAGGAUUGCACCUUCCAGCGUUUCCAGACCGCCGACGACUUCAUCAUCUCCAACGGUUACAGCGUCGCCUACUACCCCUACGGCGUAGACUUCAACCUCGGUCAGUUUGAGGCGACGUUCCAACCGGCGCCUGAUAACAAGGGGUACAACUUGGACUACAUGAUGGGUCCGCAGCGUCAAUCACUGCAUAGAACGGGCCGCAAGAUCUCGUGGGAACUCCUCGAGGCGGACGUCAACGAGGAUGGCACCGUCAGCCAGGUGUACAUUUGCCGACGCGAGGAUCCGCGAUGGAAGAACCCCGAUGGCUCACCGAUGAACAACCGGGACGGGAUCAUUGAGUUGGUGUGGCUGCCGGACAAUCAAUGA